AUGCGGCAAUCGACGAUUGUGGGCGAGGAAUGGCUCGCGACGCCUUUGGUGCUCGUGGACAUGGGAGACGGGCUGCGUGCCGUGAGUUGCGAGGGACACGAUGUGACAUGUGAAGUGUCAGGUCGCCCAAGUUGGGUGUUGGAGUGUUGCGCUGGUGGUAUCCCAGCGCCCCCGAUGCGGCAUCAGCUGUGGCUACCGCGACUUCUUCGAGAACGAGCAACCCUAGAAGAUGCAGGACAAGGCGUGAUCCACAAUACACCAGGAAAUGAGGCUCAGCGCGCCAUCGACGAGGAGAUUAUCGCGCUCACCGCCGAAUGCGAAGCAGCCAUUCGUGGAUUGAAGUACCAGCGCAACCUGUGCAGCGACAUCUCCCGCCUCCCUCCUGAAAUCAUCGUCGAUAUUUGUCGGUUUGCCAAAAAGGGAGGCCCCCAAGACGCGAGGUGCUACCAGGCGGUGUAUGCUGUUGCAGGCGUAUGUCGGCAAUGGCGCGAACUUUUACUCGCAACGCCGGACAUGUGGAACAUCAUUGACCUGAACGCUCAUGAUCGCGCUUUGGAAUUACUCAAACGUUCGAAGUCUGCCCCCCUACAAAUUCGCUUCCGGGGGCCCGUCUUUGAAUCUCUGUCCGACGUGAACAGCGUACCGAGCGCCGCUAGGGAACUUGUGGCGAGGGCCGUUGGAGCGGAUUCUGGGCGCAUCAGGGUACUCGAUAUACAGACCUUUACCACGACUGAGCUCAUGAACCUAAUGCGCUUCACAUUGCAGACUAGUACUCUACAAUACGAUAUGCCCUCUCUACGCCGUCUCGACCUUCACGAUGUUGUGAUCAAUAGCCCCCUCCCAUUCCUCCCUCGCUUGUCAUAUUUGAAACUCGUCGUCAAGUCGACGGACUUGCUCCCUUCGCUUCAAAACACCCCACAUUUGGAAGAGCUUGACGCCUACGUUUGCAAGGGCCAAUACACCGGAAAUCCUGUUGCUCUCCCGAAACUGGCGACCCUUAUUAUCGUGGCUGAUGAGCUAGAAGGGGCAGUCAUACUAUCCAACAUCGAAUACCCCUCCAUUACGCGUGUCCGCUUCAGCAAUUUGGAGCGGCCCACAGGCGACAACAACCUUUUUCAUCUUGUUGAAGCCAUUCGUCGCUUCGCAAACCCCAGUGCCCCUCCGGUCGAUACUGCGAUCAUGAAUUCCUCGGGGCUCGGUGACUCGUUCAAAAUGCAUGUCGGGACUCUUGGAACCAGCUCAGGCCGUGCCAACUUCAGCCUCGAACUCAAAUUGAGCGAUCAGAAUGGCCAAUAUCUUCCAUCGUGCCUGCGAUUAUGCUCCGCCUUUUCGCCCAAGAGGCUAAGGUAUCUGAACGUUGGCGGCUGGCUUGGGUUAUCGGUUCUGGACUGGCGAUCCCUAUUCGGCCACUUCCAAGGGGCUCAAGAUCUGUUUCUCGACACUGUCCAAGUGCAAGCGUUUCAAGCUCUCUUGAAAGCGCCGCACCUCAAGCGACCCCAUAUCCUGCCCAACUUGCGGAAGCUUCAGGUGUUCCGCUGUGGACUAUACAGGCGGCAAUGUACCAUACCUUCGUGGGUUUUCUCAAGGAACGAAAGCGCUCGAAAGUAA